AUGAAGAACGAACAGAUCAGCUCUUACCUGGCACGAAAAGAAUGCGAAUGGUUAUUUAACCCUCCGCACGCAUCUCACGCAGGGGGUAUCUGGGAGCGGAUGAUUGGGAUGACAAGAAAGACUUUGGACGCCAUGCUUCAGGAACUGCCCACCAAGCAGCUAACCCACGAAGUGCUUACUGCCUUGAUGGCGGAGGUCUCAGCCAUUAUGAACAGCCGACCACUCGCUCCAGUGUCCAUCGACCCCAAAGCCCCAAGAUACUAA